GGGUCGACAAGCAGGUUAUAAUCAAGUUGCGCCGCUGGUCAAAUCACAAGCUCCCAGGUUGCUGUUGCGCUGUCCAAACACCACUGUACCUUUCAGCAGUUAAUAUCACCAUCCAUCGACUCGUUUUAGUGCGACAUUCUUCUGAAGCUCGUCGUUUCCCUCAGCAACCGCCUUGAAGCUUGACGCCCAGUUGCAACUUCCCCUUACCGUCUCAACACGCGCCGUGUUACAACAAGCUCUUGAGACACCAUAUUCCAAGACUUCUUUGUCUACCAGCAUCCAUCUCUAUCUUUGAGUUGCUACACCAACUUGCCAGUAUACAAAAUCGGCUUGACUGCUGCGAUCGAUAUAAUCCACUUCUAUCCAACAACUAAACGCCACACCGAGAAACACCGCAAACAUGGCUGCUGCAGUUGGAAAGUACGCCGCCAAUAAGAUGUUGCGCGGCCAGAUGGCAAAGUACCAGAGCAAGAAGCCUUGCGGCGACGAAGAUCCCUUCUUCGUAUACAUCGACGACCCGCGCAAGCCUGGGAAGCAAAAGAAAGUCAAGAAGACUGUCCCCUCCUACAUUCCUGAACACGAUGCCGACGUCCUUGCCAAAAUGCGCCGUCGCUCCUACAGGAUGGACAUGGCACUCUUCGAAUUCCUCGGUACACGCUUCGGAUGGUCUUCCGUCAUUGGUAUAGUCCCUGCUGCCGGCGACGCCAUCGAUGCUGGAAUCGCUCUCUUGCUUGUCAAAGGCUGCAUGAAGGUGAAGGGCGGUCUACCAAUGGGUAUUCUCAUUCAGAUGUUGAUCAAUGUCGCCAUUGACUUUGUGAUUGGUAUCAUUCCGUUUAUUGGAGAUAUUGCCGAUGCCUACUUCAAGGCAAACACCAAGAACUGCCGAUUGUUGGAGAAGCAUCUGGAUAAUCUGUACAAGCCCGAUGCUCUCAAGACGGCUAAUGGCCGCUCGAGCAGACCGACCCACCCAGCAACCGCCUACGAAGACUUCAGCGACGAAGAAGACGAUCGCAGAGCUUUUCUCCAAGAAACCCGUCCUCAGAACAAUGGCGCUCAAGAUAUUCGGCAACCCACAGUUCGCCAACCUGCACCAACCACCAAUACUCAAGCGAAGAAAUCGGGUGGUUGGUUCAGCUUUGGCGGCGAUGGUACCAGAAGAGAGCAGGAUCUAGAGAGAGGCGAUAUCAGUGGCCGUCCAGUCCGUGUGGACAACACAAUGGAGACUGGUACUGUGCGCUCUGACCGUCGAUGACCUAGAUGACUGAUUUAUUGGCGUCCAGUAACUCUGAGACCUCAAGAUCAUUCUUAGUCGGGCGUCUUUGAGAUGUUCGAGAUGGAGCUGUGGCGAGACAGGAGGCUAGACUGGAUUACCCUGGAGAGAUGAUGUUAUGGCGUAGUGCGCGGUUUCUUUUUUUCUGUUUUUGUGAGCGAACAGAUGUGCCCAGUUUGUUGAUAGCGUUGUUAGAGAUACCAUUGAUUGUUAUGUUCUUCUUUAC